AGCUUUUGUGCACCCGUCCUGUUCUCCAUUUCUACAAUUCCAAGUGGUGACGAUGUGUGUUUCCUCGCGACUGUCCAUGCUGCCGCCACGACAUCGACGCCAAUACUGUUAAUGCAGAGCCCGUCGUUGCAGUUGGGGAAGCUUCGACUCGUCAAGACACAUCGCUCGACUGCUAUCUCUUGCCCCACAAAGUCGCUCAAAGCCAUGGCCUGGCAUAUCCCCUUCCUGGGUCGCCUCCAUCCUAUGGAGUAUCUCGCUAUCCUCUUUUCUUUUGCCCUCAUCCUUCUCGAAGGCCUCAUACGCUUCAUUACCCUCGCCCUGCCCAAUCCCAUCAUCCACAUUUUUUACCGCUGGUCACGAAAGCUCUUUAACUACCUCUCUUCCCCACGCUCAAAGCGAUCACGUGCAACAAAGAAGAAAGUUGUGAAUAGCAUCGCGCAGGCAGCCGAUUUUGUGGACCUGUGUGAACUGUUUGGAUAUUAUGCUGAAGAACAUAUUGUACAGACCAAAGAUGGUUAUCUGCUGGGCCUACACAGGCUUGGGUGGAAAAGGGGUGAGGACUACGCGAGUGUGCGCGUAAAUACCACCGAGCCUGGCAGCAUGAAGAAGAAGGUAGUGUACCUGCACCACGGGCUAAUGAUGAACAGCGAGAUAUGGGUGUGCCUCACGGAAGCAGAACGUUGCCUCCCUUUCUUGCUCGUGGAAAGAGGAUACGACGUCUGGCUGGGUAACAACCGGGGCAACAAGUAUUCCAAGAAGAGUACGACUAUGACUCCUAACGAAACCAAGUUCUGGUCUUUCUCCAUAGACCAGUUUGCGUUCCAUGAUAUUCCCGACAGCAUCGACUAUAUUUUAAGCACGACGAACCAGCCCACACUAUCGUAUAUAGGAUUCUCUCAGGGUACUGCGCAGGCCUUUGCCGCUCUGGCCGUCCAUCCAACGCUCAACCAGAAAGUGAACGUGUUCGUUGCCCUUGCGCCAGCCAUGAAUCCACCGGGCGUCACCUCCGGGAUUGUCGACUCCUUCGUCAAGUCAAGUCCAGAAGUCCUUUUUCUCAUGUUUGGGAGACGGCAGCUGCUCUCCAGUGCCACGAUGUGGCAGGCCAUCCUAUAUCCACCCAUCUUCGUGCGUCUCAUCGACCUCUCCCUUACGUUUCUUUUCGGAUGGCGCACUCGCAACAUACCCCCGCACCAGAAAUUGGCCGCAUACCCGCACUUGUAUUCAUUCACCAGUACGAAGACAGUAGUGCAUUGGUUCCAGAUCAUACGGCAUGGCAAGUUCCAGAUGUACGACGACGAAUAUCAAGCUCCUUGGUCCGUUAGCGACGGAGCGCGCUUUUACAAGGUACCCCGCUUUCCGACACGCAAUAUAAAGACGCCCAUCGUUCUCGUGUGGGGUGGCAGCGACAGUCUGGUCAACAUCAACAUUAUGCUGAAGGAGCUUCCAAAGCACACCAUAGCAAAGGAGGUUCCUCACUACGAGCACCUCGACUUUCUAUGGGCACAUGACGUCGACAAACUCGUCUUUCCUCACGUAAUCUCCGCAUUAGAGACAUACGCAGGCGACCUGCAGGGCGAGGGGAAAUCGACGGGGCUAGACUCGCACAAGGAUCAGAGCUUUUCCGAAGCGCUCAAAUUGCCUACAAAAGGCGAUGCAGUUGAGGAGGACGAAGCUAGCGUUAGGGGAAAGCACAGUCAAAAAACAAGACAAGCGUCCAUGCACUUUGACGAGAGCACGAUUGCGGGGGACACGGUGUCGAGUGGACGUCCAGAAGGAUGGUGGAGCAGUGACGACGUGGGGAAUACGACUACGGAGCCGGGUACGCCGGCGGUGGGCUCGAGUCCUGUCAACGACGGGGCCGACGACGGCAGGAGGCCAAGUAUCUCCGCGGUCCGUGGGACCGAGAGCGAAGCCAGCGGAAAGCGGAGGAGGAGAUAAACGUGUGUAAACUCCAUGAGAUACUUAUAUAACCACCAACUAGAUCUUUCAUCUAGA